AUGGGCUGCGGCGAGUUUUUCGCGAUGAUCGAGGAGCCCAAGCUCCAUGAACGCCUCAAAGGUGUGACCGUGAGGUUUGUGACCAGGUAUACGGAAGACUCAGCGGAGUCCUUGGAGAUGAGCACGCCCAUUGCGAAUGCAAUGAGCACCGUGUUCCAGGCCAUGGCGUGCUUGCUGGUUCUCUUGGAGCCAACACCGGGCUUCUUGGGGACAUCGGCCAGCGCAGUGGCUAAGAUUGUGGCCUACGAAAGCAGCAACCCUGAGGAUUUCUUGAGUGCCCUGCGGUUGCACCUCGCAGACCAGGGUAUUUGGCAAUCGAGGGUGGAUGAGGUCUUGAAGCUCGGAGGCAGUGCUUUGAAGUUCGGGCAGGAGUUGAAGGAGCAUGUGGAUAAGAUGAAGUCGAUCUCGGGACAGGACGGCUUCAGCGAGCACUUCGUCCAGGCGGUCAACGUAGUUGAUACUUUGAGGAAUGGGCUUCGCAAGCAUGCCGUUGAUGAGCUGCUGUCCCUCAUCCGAGAGACGACGCAGAAGUACAUCGACAAGCUCUGCAGCUCCCCGAGUGUGUCCGAGAGCGACGGAGGCAUCAUCCAGGUGCUCAUGCAGGCCAUUGACAAGUUUCCCCAGAAGGACAUGUUGCAGCUGAAGCAGAAGUUUCUGAAGUGGCAGCAAAGCGUCCAAGUGGAGCUGCUCAAGCAGGAGGCAUCUGCUCUUGGCAACAAGAUCCUCAACCAAGCCGGAAACGAUGAUGAGGAGAUCCCGCUGGACGAUCUCGCCAAGCUUCUUGACAAGUUCAAGGCCGAGAAGGAGCUGAAGGACGAUGCCAAACAGCUGCUUCAGCAGUUUGUUUGGGCCAUCAUGACGAAGGCCUCCAACCUGAAGCGGCUUGCGUACCAGAUCUUCAGCCUCCUUGACGGCUUUGGGAAGCUUGCCUUCGCUGACCCGGUGGCGGAGAGCUUGAAGCUUCAGAUGCAGUACAUGCAGGAUGGAUUGUAUGUGCUGAAGCAGAUGGAGAAGUUCCGCAAGCUCGGCAGCGACCCUGCCGGGCGCCUCAAGAACGAUGUCAGGUGGGGAGCUCUUCUCACGUACGUGAAGCAGCUGGAGGGUUUGCGGACUGUCAGGGACAAGGCCAGCAGCCGUGUGGACGUUUUGGCAUCCUCUGCUCCUACUGAGCAUGCCAAACUCAAGGAGCUAUGUUUCUCUGACUUGGAUCGACCCUUCCAGGUGCCUGAGGACAUGAAGGACGCCUUUGUUUUCGCAAUGAAGGCCAUGCAGAAGGAUGCAGAGGAGCUCAUCGACAAGAUGGGCGACAGCACCCAGAACCUCCACCUCCCGAAGUCCAGAUGGACGAAAGAUCUCAAGCCCGAUGCAACGGCCGAAACGGUGAAAAUGUGCAUCGCCAGCAGCCUCGACUUUGAUGUUUCCCAGCUGGAGCCCACCCUGCAAGCUCUCAAGGAGGCUUCUGUGAAUGCCAAAAUUGCCAUCUGGAAGAAGAAGGUGACCUUCCUCAAGACUGUGGCGGAGCUUGAGGAUGAAUCCAAAGCAUUCUUCGACACAUGCGAGAAGGUGAAUCAGAGCCUUGUCAGUGGCCAUAUUUUCAGAUCCGAGGGCAUUCUCGCAAAUGCUUUGAUGGAGUCGAACAAGGGGGAAGCGCAAAAACUCGUUCGUGUUGAGCUUUCCUAUCUGGCCGGAGAUCAUUGGCAGCUGGGCAUCAAUGAGACGCAUGUCCAUGCAGCUGUGCUGGCAGCUGCAAAGCAGCUGCUGGACAAGAAAUGA